AUGUCAACUAGCACACUCACGAACGUACUGAGCAAGAGUAAAUCGCCUUACUUACUUCAACAUAAAGAUAAUCCAGUCGCUUGGCAAGAGUUCACUGCAUCGACAAUAUCUCUAGCUAAGCAGCUUGACAAACCCAUCUUCCUAUCGUCAGGUUACUCAGCAUGUCACUGGUGUCACGUCCUAGCGCACGAAUCGUUCGAAGAUCCAGAAGUAGCGGAGAUCAUGAAUAGGUAUUUUGUGAAUAUCAAAGUGGAUAGAGAGGAGAGACCGGAUGUGGACAGGAUGUAUAUGACUUAUCUCCAGGCUACUUCGGGAGGUGGUGGAUGGCCAAUGUCGAUAUUCAUGACACCGACUCUCGAGCCUUUCUUUGCGGGAACGUACUUCCCCAAAACACGAUUCAAAGCGUUGCUACUCCGUAUCGCAGAAUUAUGGGAUGAAGAUCGAGAACAAUGUGAAGCUAUGGGUAAAGGAGCAGUAGAGCAGCUCAAGGAGAUGAGCGGGUCAGCAAAUUUCGCAGAAAGUCUGACUACCAUCCUAUCCACGUCCCCAGCUACCAAAAUCUACACCCAGCUCGUCCGUCUACACGAUACACGCUAUGGGGGGUUCUCAGGCGAUGGAUCAAGAUCUAGAGGUCCUAAAUUUCCCAGUUGCUCGAUGACCCUUGAACCUCUAGCUAGGUUAACAUCAUAUGAGCUUUCAGAGGAGAUAGAUAGGGAGAAAUGCAGAGAGAUGGCCAUGAAGAUGAUCAGGGGGAUAUGGAAAGGUGGAAUACAUGACUGGGUAGGAGGUGGAGUGGCCCGAUAUAGCGUGGAUGAGAAAUGGAUAGUACCCCAUUUCGAGAAGAUGCUGUAUGAUCAAGCUCAGUUGGUGACGGGCGCACUAGAUUUUGCGUUGCUAUCCAACCCAUCUGAAGGAGAAGUCGCAGAUCAGGUUAAAUCUCUUGAAGAAGAUAGGAAAUUAUGUUUCGAUUUGGCCAGUGACAUAUUGGAAUAUACACUGAGAGAUCUGCAAUCGCCAGAAGGUGGAUUUUGGUCAGCUGAAGAUGCUGAUUCGGCAAGCGAGAAGGGAGGGAAGAAGUCUGAAGGAGCAUUCUACAUCUGGGCCAAGAGUGAGCUAGACGAGGUAGUGGGUAAAGAUGCAGAGCUCGUGGAAUGCUUUUUCGGGGUGAAAGAUGAUGGGAAUGUGGAGCUACAACAUGAUAUGCACGGAGAGAUGACUGGGAAGAAUAUACUAUAUCAAGCGAGAGAGUACGCCGAGGUGGCUAGGAAAUUCGAUAAGACGGAGGAUGAAGUGAGGGAGAUUACCAAGAAUGCUUUGAUAGAGCUGAAACAAAGGAGGGACACGAGAGAAACCCCUGGACUGGAUGAUAAGAUCUUGACCUCGUGGAAUGGAUUAAUGGUCUCGGCACUAGCUCAAGCAUCGAUAAAACUACCUGACAUUUACCCCAUCAAGUCUCAAUGUCUUCCUGUAGCUGAGAAGGUCGUAUCAUUUAUCAAACAACGUAUGUGGGAUGAAAAUAGAGGCGAAUUAGCUCGAAGUUGGCGAGAAGGGAAAGGACCAGGUGGUCAGACGGACGAUUACGCUUUUCUAAUCAGGGGCCUGCUCGACCUCUAUGAAGCGAGCGGGAAGGAAGAGCUCGCCUUGUGGGCUAUAGAAUUGCAGAAACGACAGGACGAGCUCUUCUGGGAUAAGCAGAAUGGCGGAUACUUUGCUAGUGCUCCUGAUGAGCAUGUCCUAGUGAGGAUGAAGGAUGCUCAGGACAACGCUGAACCUUCUGCAAUGUCCGUGUCACUCCACAAUCUCUCUCGGUUGUCACUCGUCGCAAGUGAUAACUACGAGCUAUACGAGAAGAGAGCGGAAGAGGCGUAUCUGUCGAUCGGAGAGGAACUGAAGCAGAUGCCCAGGGCUUUUGGGUAUAGUACGUGUGGGCUGAUGGAUCUGGAGAGAGGUUACAGAGAGGUCAUUAUCAUUGGCUCACCAGAUAACCCUCUAACCCGACAAUUCCUGCACUUGGUCCAUACUAUCUAUGCUCCGAAUCAGGUACUACUUCUUAUCAAUCCGUCUCAUCCACCCAAAGCCUUGGCCGAGCAUAACGGAGUGGUGAAAUUGCUCAUUGAGGGUGAUACUACCGAAGUCACCCUUCGGAUCUGUGAGAAUGGUACCUGUGGAUUACCUAUCAAAGAUGUGGAAGAAGCAAAGAAGGUUCUAGGUGUGGUAUGA